AUGCAGUAUCAGGAAUCAUCAUUCUCACAGUUCUUUUAUUCUAUUCCUAUCGUCACACGAGUAUUAUUCUUUACUACAUUAUCGUUUUCAGUUGUUGGUGUCUUUUAUCCAGACCUUUUUUAUUUGUGUUAUUUUGACCAAGAACAAAUUGCCAGUGGUCAAAUCUGGAGAUUAUUUACUCCAUUUUUCUGUCAACAACUAGGAUUUUCUUUCCUUAUUCAUUUGUUCAUGUUAUAUAAUUUUAGUAAAGAAUUAGAAGAAGAAUAUUUUAACAAAGACACAACAGAUUACAUUUUCUAUUUAUUAUUUAAUUUUUGUUUAUUAAAUACAUUUUCUGUAUUUGUAGGACCAUUACAUUACUAUUUCAUUUCGCUCUUUGUUUACACGGCAUCACGAGCUAAUCCUAACUCAAUCGUCUCUUUAUCAUUUGGAAUUACUCUUAGAAGAAUGUAUUUACCAUGGGCAUUAGUGGUAUUAAACUUUAUUUUAGGUGCUCCAAUAUUACCACAAAUUCUGAUCAUUUUAAUUGCUCAUUUCUAUUAUUUCUUAAGACAUGUUAUUCCAGUACAUUACCCAACACUUCCACGACUCGUUUAA